ACAAAUCCAGGACUAUACCAAAGAAGUACACACAUUCGAUCCAUCUGCCAAGAUCCUAACUAAGAGCAGUACUGUACCCCAAAAACCCAUGGCAAAAAUGUCACCCCUCUCGCAGCCAAGACCGUCUCUCCAACUCGUCCUGAUCCUGCUGUCCCUCGUCGUCCUUCCAUGCCUCCCCCAACCCCUCCCGUCCCCUUCGCCCUCCCCGGCGCCACCGUCGCUGCCGCUCUCGCCGUUCAACGAGCGUCUGGAAGCGGCGUACGUGGCGUUCCAGGCGUGGAAGCACGCCAUCGUGGAGGACCCCAAGAACCUGACGGUCGACUGGUGCGGCCCCUUCGUGUGCAACUACACGGGCGUCUUCUGCGCGCCGGCUCCCGACGACCCCUGCAUCCUGACCGUGGCCGGCGUGGACCUCAACCACGGCCGCCUGGCCGGCUCCCUGACCGACCACCUGGGCCUCCUGGCCGACGUGGCCGUGCUCCACCUCAACUCCAACCGCUUCCACGGCACGCUGCCGGCGUCCAUGCAGCACAUGCGGCUCCUCUACGAGCUGGACGUCAGCAACAACCUCCUGUCCGGCGCCUUCCCGUCCUUCCUCACCUCGCUCCCUUCCCUCAAGUACCUCGACCUACGGUUCAACGACUUCGACGGCCAGCUCCCAGACGCCGUCUUCGGCAGGGAGCUCAGCCUCGACGCGCUCUUCGCCAACGACAACCGCUUCAACGUGUCGCUGGUCUCCGGGAGCCUCACCAACUCCACGGCGUCCGUCAUCGUGCUCGCCAACACGAAGCUCGCUGGUUGCCUGCCGCCAAGCAUCGGCGACAUGGCCGACACGCUCGUGGAGCUCAUCCUGCUCAACACCAGCAUCAGCUCCUGCAUCCCGCCGGAGAUCGGCAAGCUCAAGAAGCUCAAGGUGCUGGACCUUAGCCGCAACGACCUCGCCGGGGAGCUGCCGGAGAGCAUCGGCGACAUGGAGAGCCUGGAGGUGAUCAACGUCGGGUAUAACUUGCUGUCGGGUCAGGUGCCGGAGAGCAUCUGCUUGCUGCCAAGGCUCAAGAACCUGACACUCGUGGGGAACUACUUCUGCGAGGAGCCCGUAUCCUGCCUCCACAUCCCACGGCGGGACGACCGGAUGAACUGCAUCCCCGACUGGCCGCACCAGCGCCCGCACGAGGAAUGUAUCGCCUUCGAGCAUCGCCCGCCCGUGCACUGCGCCGCCGACGGCUGCAUUCUGCCGACGUUGUGAAUUGAAAGCGGUAUACGCAGGGUCUAGGAGGAAUGGACGACGAUUGGUAGCCAUUGCAUCAUCGAAUAUUGGUUGCUAAAACACAAAGUUAAUUAGUUUCGAUUAUUGACUUGUGUCGUCGGUGCGUGUGCGUGUGUUUGGUGACUAAAAGUGUGAUAAGAAUGUUCCAAGAAGUGUCCUUUUUUAGGUUUGGCUUUAUUCUUUUUCAUAGUCUUUUCUCGCAGGAAACUUUUUCCGAGUCUUUUGUUAUCUGCACGCGGAUCGAGACGCAACAGCUAAUGUGCCAACAUAAUUUUCACAUGUAAUUGUGGCUAGAACAAAGAAUUCAAUAAGAGCUAGCGGUGCUACACUUCUUA